AUGGCAGAUACAGAGUCAGAAGUCGGAGGCGAACUUCAAUCCCGCCACGUAGCAUACUGUGGCGUCUGCACACUCCCCCCGGAGUACUGCGAAUACGGCGGUACGGUGAAGAAAUGUCAAGAAUGGCUCGAGAAGGCCAACCCCACGCUGUACGCGCAGAUCUGGUCUCCCGAAGCCUUGGCAGCCUCGACCGCCUCCCUCAGCGUCGACGCACAGAAGCGCGCCGCCAAGGACGCGCAGAAGAAGACGGCGCAGGCCGAGAAGGCCGCCGAGAAGCAAGCCUCCAAGAUAGCCAACAGCGUCGUCACCAUCAAGCGGGUCGAGCGCAACAAGCGGAAAUUCGUCACGGCCGUCUCGGGCCUCGAGGCGUUUGGCCUCGAUCUGAAGAAGGUCUCCAAGGAGUUUGGCAAGAAGUUCGCCACCGGUAGCAGUGUAACAAAGGUGCCGAGCGGUGGCGAGGAGAUCGUGGUGCAGGGUGACGUGAGUGACGAAAUCGAAGAGUUCCUCCUGGAGAAAUACAAGGACAUCCCAGAGGACAACAUCGAGUUGGUGGACGACAAGGCCAAGAAGAAGGCGUCACAAUAG